AUGGAAAGAGUGAAUAAGUCUAUUCAUUUGACAACGAAUGGACAUUAUGAAAUUGAUCUUCCAUUUAAAAAUCCUAAUGUGAUUUUGCCAAAGAACAAAAGUCAUGCAGAACAAAGAUUAGAAUAUCUCAGAAGACGAUUUUUAAAAGAACCGGAUUUCUUCAAUGAAUACAAAAAUUUUGUAAAAGUUAUGAUUGAUAAUGGUUAUGCAGAGAAGGUCAACAAUUCAGAGGAAUAUGAUGGUAAAACUUGGUAUCUUAGUCACCACGGAGUGCGCCACCCAGAAAAGAAAAGCCUUCGUGUUGUAUUUGAUUGUUCGGCUAAAUUUUCUGGACUGUGUUUGAAUGACGUUCUGUUACAGGGGCCAGAUCUUGCAAAUAAUUUGGUUGGUGUUCUGGCUCGUUUUCGAAAAAAAUCCGUUGCUAUUCAAGGAGACAUCCGAGCAAUGUUUCACCAAGUGAAAGUUUCCGAACCUCAUCGAGAUUCCUUUGGUGGCGAAAUAGCGAUGUCUCACAACCUGUGCACUGUGAAUGAUGUUUAUGAUGCUUACUACGUUGAUGAUUUUUUGGAUUCAAAACCCAAUGCUGAGGAAGCUAUAUAUCAUGUCAAGAAUGUAAGAAAUUUAGUAUCUAAAGGUGGAUUUGAAAUAACAAAAUGGGUCAGUAAUGAUCGAGCUGUUUUACUGUCAAUUCCGGAAGAGCAUCGUGCAAAAGAUGUCAAAGGAUUGGAUCUCUCAGUGGAUGAUCUGCCCGUGGAAAAGGCGCUUGGUAUGAUAUGGAAUGUAAAACAAGAUACUUUGUGCUUUCGUGUCAAACGUAAGGAUAAACCUGCUACAAAAGGAGGAUUGUUGUCAACUAUUAAUUCUAUUUUUGAUCCUCUUGGUUUCGGUCAGCCAGUUCUUCAACCUAUGAAACUGAAAGUUUUGAUCCAAGAUUUAUGUAGGAAGAAAUUUGAUUGGGACGAUCCUAUUCCACCAGAAUUGAAGAAAGAAUGGUCGAAAUGGCUUUCUGAUUUACCCAAAUUAAAGAAUUUCAAUGUGCCGAGAUGCUAUACACCAAAAUAUUUUGGUAAAAUAAUCGAUAUGCAACUUCAUCAUUUUUCAGAUGCGUCUGAAAAGUCAUAUGGUGCCGUAGCCUACAUUAGAAUUACAAAUACGUAUGGACAAGUUCAUUGUGCUAAUAUAAGUGGAAAAACCAGACUUGUCCCUUUGAAUGGUUCAACAAUACCGCGACUCGAACUCUGUGCAGCAAAAAUUUCUGCUAAAAAUGACGCAUUUCUGAAAAAAGAACUCAAACUUCCAAUUUCGGCUUCAUAUUUUUGGACCGACAGUACAACUGUUCUUCGAUACCUGGCAAAUACAGAUAAAAUAUUUGAAAGUUUUGUGGCCAAUAGAGUAAAUUUGAUAAAGGAAACUUCUGAAAUUGAACAAUGGCGUUAUGUGCCGUCACAGCUGAACCCAGCAGAUGUUGCCUCAAGGAGGCUCUCAGUUGAUGCGUUUUUGAAUUGCCAAUACUGGAAAUUUGGUCCUGAUUUUUUGUGGCAGGCUGCUGAGGAAUGGCCUUCACAGCCUGACUUUAUAAACGAUUGCUCUACGGAUAAUCUUGGGGCGAGAAAAGAAUCGAUACAAUGUUUUUCAAAUACAGCAUGUGAAAAAUCGUUUUGGAUCGACAACUGGACACAAUGGAAGAGAAUAUGUUCUUGCAGAAAUCAGGCAGAACUAUUGGAUAGUAAAGAGGACUUCAUUAGUGAGGAAAAUUAUCAACAAUUGUGUCUUGUGCAGAAGAAAGCAGCGUAA